GAGUCCUAUUCCCGCUAACCUCAUGAUUUGCGGUAACAAAAUAUUGGGUUCUGCUCUGCUCUGCCAUUGAUGAUACUCUGCUCUGCUCAGCUCAGCCAGCUAAUUUUUUUGAGUCCCCGACAAGUAGAGAUAUGAUGUUGAUGAAGAAAUUUGUGAUUUUAAAUUCUCGAUUCUUACGACAUUCUUCAGCUUCAGCUUCAGCUCAUACUUGUUGUCUUGCAUCCUUUGUUUCUGUUAUUGCAGUUUCUCACUUCUCCACUAAACCUAACCCUAAUAUUCCCUUGAAACCCAAACCCCAAUUCCCUUAUUCCUCUAAUCCAUCUCAUGCUCGUCUUCAAUAUUUACUCCUUGAGAAGUCCAAGGUUGGUUUCGAUAAACUCGAUGAUGCUCUCCAAGUGUUUGAUAAAAUGCUCCUUAUCAAACCUCUGCUUCCUGUUAUCAACUUCGCUCAACUACUAGCUGCCCUUGUUAAAAUGAAAGAGUACUCUGUAGCCGUCUCCCUUUUUAGAAAGAUGCGUGUAGAAAGCAUCCCUGUUUGUGUAAUUACUUUUAAUACUCUUAUUAACUGCUUUUGUCACUUGAAUCGUGUCGAUUUUGCCUUUUCACUAUUGGCUGGAAUCAUCAAGCACGGUUUUGUGCCAAGUGUGGUUACUUAUACCACUCUCAUCAGGGGCCUUAUUUCCCAAGAUAUGCCUCAUGAGGCUCAGCUUUUGUUCCAGAACCUCAUCAGAUUUCAACUUAUUAAACCCAAUGUUUUCACCUAUAACACAAUUAUUAACGGCAUCUGCAAGAGAGGGAAUCCUUCUGUGGCUGUUACAUUGUUUAAGUAUAUGAAGAACAGAGGUUGCAAGCCUGAUACUGUGACUUACAACACACUUAUUGACUGUUUAUGUAAACAUAGAUUAGUCGAUCAAGCAUUGGGUCUUCUCCACCAAAUGACAAGGGAAGUCAUAUCUCCAAAUGUUAGAACCUACACCUCAUUAAUUCAAGGACUAUGUGACAUUAAUCAAUGGCAUGAUGUCAAACUAUUGCUCAACGAGAUGGAUGUUAGGAACAUUUCUCGAAAUCUUUUUACUUACAAUAUAUUGGUUGAUGCGUAUUGCAAAGAAGGAAUGAUUGAAGAUGCAGAGGAUGUGAUAGAGUUGAUGAUUCAAAGAGGCCAUUAUCCUGAUGUAGUAACGUAUAAUGCACUAAUGGAUGGAUACUGCUUGAGAGGAGAGGUUGAUAAAACAUUAGCAGUGUUCGAAAGCAUGACGAGAAAGGGAAUAUUGCCUGAUACUCUUAGCUAUAAUAUCCUCAUCAAUGGUUAUUGUAAAAAGUUGAAAGUGGACAGAGCCAUAGACCUUUUUCAACAAAUGCCCUCUGAAGGUUUAACCCCAACUAUUGACACUUACAAUACUAUACUGCAAGGUUUUUUUCGUGCGGGUAGACAUGUUGAAGCACGUAAAUUUUUUAAGGAAAAGAUGAUGCUGAACAAAGGUCUUCAGUUGGAUAAAGUGACUUGCGCUAUUAUAUUGGACGGUCUUUGCAAGAACGGUUAUGUUCGUGAAGCACUGUCCUUUUUCCAAAUGAUGGAAUGCAGUGGGCUAGUUCCUGAUAUAUAUAUUUACACCAUUCUGAUUGAUGGAUUAAGCAAAAACGGACAACUUGAAGCAGCAAGAACUCUUUUUAGCAACCUUCCUGCGAAAGGUCUGCGACCUAAUGUCAAGACAUACACAAUGAUGAUCCAAGCAUAUUUUCAUGGAGGGUUAUUGAAUGAAGCGACUGAACUAUUCAGGGAAAUGGAAGCUAAUGAUUGCUUGCCUACUGAUGUCACAUACAACAUGCUUAUCUGUGGUUGUUUACAUAAUAAGAAGUACUAUGAAGCAGGUGUAUUCCUAGAUGAAAUGCUUGGUCACAGCUUUGCAGCAGAUGCAUCUACAGCAUCUGCAUUACUGGACUUACUUGAAGUUCAAGAACCGGAUCCUCCUCUCCUUGCCUUGCGUAAUAAGUACUCUCCGAUCCAUAGGUGUGUGAAAGGAAGAGAGUGCCCAGCUGCAGGGGUGGCUGACAAUGACACCAGUAGUGAUUUUAAUAGCUCCCAGAGUAUCACAAAUUAUUAGCCUUGAGUCCUUGACUUUGACUAAAAUCCUGAUAAUAUUUUCCUUAUAAUUGACAUUUAGGUCGUGUCUCCUAAUAGAGAUGAAUGAAUGAUAAUAAUACAAAUGAUGGCUUCUUUUGGUUUUUGAUGAUGGCUUGGUAUUAGUGCCGGGUCUUUCGAAGAGUCGCACAUGGAGGUUAGAAAGAUCGAAUGAUGAAACUGUUGAGAAGGAGUUUGAAGCUCUUAAGGAUCCAGUUAGGAAGGAGGUUAUUGAAUCUGUAGGUGACAAGGUUGAUUGGGUGAACAGUGAGUACAAGUCUAUAACAUGGAGCUGUAUUAAGAAGGUUAAUUGUAAUUUAGAGAUUGAAGCUAGAAUUAUGCACAGAAGACAUAAUGGGUGAUAUAGUAAUCAAGUUGGAAUGCAUAUAUUGAUCAUCUGUGUGGGGAUGUGCAGCUCCGAGUCCAUGUGGUCCUGUCAAUAUUUCUUGCUGCAUUUGCUGGAUUUGGAGGAGCAAUGUGUGGGGAUAUUUUAUAAUUGAAGUGCUGAAAUUGCACAGAAGGUGGCUCUGGUUUAGAAACCAACAGCACGAUUUUGAUGAAGCUAGGGAAGUGCAGCAGUCAUCAGGUUCCGAUCAUGUGCCUCACUCAAAUCUAUUUAAGCCCGGAGGCCAAGAAUUUGUGGAAGGGAGCCAACUCAAUUCAUAUUCCACCCAGUUCAUUUACGUUACAGUGAACAAUGCACUAACCUUUUUCAUCUGUAAAAGGGAAAUUAAUGUGAAAAUAGUGAACUAAGAUGUGGAUAUAAGGGUAUUUUCCUAGUGUA